AUGAGUAGAAGAAACGAUUGGUAUGAAGUUAGAGAUGUAGCUAAUUUUUAUCCAGCUGCUAAAUUGAUGCAAGCUUUAUUUUCUAAUAUAGAUAAAAAUGAUUUAAUGUUUUUUAUUUUUUAUUUAGCUUAUUAUUUGAUCUUAUUACGUGCAACAGAACUUGAUACAAUACUUCAUAGAAAAAUAAGUAAAAACCUUUGUAUUCAACGAGAUAAUGUUAGUCUUUGUAUUGCAAUCAUAAAUAUGGAAGAACACUCUAAUGGAAAUUAUCGUAUUUAUUCAAUAUCAAUUGUCAUUUACGAAAAAUAUAUUCAAAAUAUCAUAUCUCAUAUACUUUCAAUACGUUUAACAAAUGUUGUUAAUACAUCAUUAACAGGUUCAUCAGCAAAAUUAUGUUAUCAUCUUGCAACUAUUUGUAGAGAUAUUCGAAAUAAUAUAUUUGGUUAUUUUAUACCUCUUAUUAUCAUUAAUUUACGUUGUUUAUUAGUGAUAUUAUUUUUUACUUAUGGGUGUUCUAUGUUAAUGUUUUUUAUUAUUCAAAAUUACAAAGUUCCAUCAAUACAAAAAGUUGCUUUGUUUUUAAAAGAUAAUUCAAUGAAAAUCUAUGAAUUUUCUAUGAAAAAUAAUUUUAAUGGUUAUUCAAAAGAAGAAAAACAUUUAUUUGCAUAUCCAACUGUAUAA